CAUCGCAGAUGGGUAGUCUAGGGUUUAACGGUAGCAGCAAGCGGGAGGAAGCAUCAUCGUCGGGUGAAAAUGCCGGCGGGGCAUGGGCUGAGGUCGCGGACGAGGGACCUGUUCUCACGGCCGUUCAGGAAGAAGGGGUACAUCCCGCUGACGACGUACCUGAGGACCUACAAGAUUGGGGACUACGUCGACAUCAAGGUUAAUGGCGCCGUCCACAAGGGCAUGCCACACAAGUUCUACCACGGCCGCACCGGCCGCGUCUGGAACGUCACCAAGCGCGCCAUCGGCGUCGAGGUCAACAAGCAGGUGGGUAACAGAAUAAUCAGGAAGAGGAUCCAUGUACGAAUUGAGCAUGUCCAACCUUCACGGUGCAAUGAGGACUUCCGCCUGAGGAAGAUCAAGAACGACCAGCUCAAAGCCGAGGCCAAGGCGAGAGGUGAGAAGAUCAGCACAAAGCGGCAGCCUGAGGGGCCCAAGCUUGGAUUUAUGGUGGAGGGUGCUACCAUAGAGACUGUUACUCCAAUUCCUUAUGAUGUAGUCAACGAUCUCAAGGGUGGUUAUUAGGUCCAGUCUCUGCCAGUUUUGGUCCCAUUAUUUUUACUUGUACCCUCUGAAUGCAUUUUAAGAUGGGUUAGCGUGAUGUCUGUUGUGACAUUCUCGUUGACCCCCGGCUCUUCGAUAUUCCGACACAAUGGACAUGUAUGUAUUUAAAGACAAGGAAUUCAUCUCGAGUUAGUUCAAAUGCUUCUUUUGAUAUAUUACAAUGGUGGGAAUUGUUAUUCUCUU